GCUCCAUCAAAGAACAUCGGAAGAUCCUCGAAACUCGUCAUGUUUCGCGUUAUUGCUUGUUUUGUUUCUUUUUAUCGAAUCGAGAUUUCCGGUCGCUGAAGCCCGAUGUGUAGAGAAGCAGCUGCAGUUCAUCAACUCAGCGUCAUUCAUGGCUUAGCUCCUCAGGUCUGUGCAGUGAAUUGACUGAGUGUUUUCUCCAGCAGACUUGUGACAGACCGGAGCACAUGACCGAAUGACCACCAGCAGCUGAGAGAAAACUACUAUCUUGAACGAUGAAUUACGUUUGUCAGUAAAGGACGAGGAAGACAAACACCAUGUCGUCUAAAUCAUCUCUUCUUAAAGUCAUUCUCCUGGGCGACGGUGGAGUGGGAAAGAGCUCACUCAUGAACCGCUACGUCACUAACAAGUUUGACGCCCAUCUCUUUCACACCAUCGGCGUGGAGUUCCUCAAUAAAGACCUGGAGGUGGACGGCCACUUGGUCACGCUGCAGAUCUGGGACACGGCGGGUCAGGAGCGAUUCCGGAGCCUGCGGACGCCCUUCUACCGCGGCUCCGACUGCUGCCUGCUCACCUUCAGCGUGGACGACAGCCAGAGCUUCCACAACCUCAACAACUGGAGGAAGGAGUUCAUCUACUACGCCGACGUCAAGGAGCCCGACAGCUUCCCGUUCGUGCUUCUGGGGAACAAGGUGGACGUGACGGAGAGGCAGGUGACCCGCGAGGAGGUGCAGGAGUGGUGCAGGGAAAGCGGAGGAUACCCGUACUUCGAAACCAGUGCUAAAGAUGCGACUAAUGUCACAGUUGCGUUCGAGGAAGCCAUCAGAAGAGUUCUGGCUUCGGAGGAGCGACACGAGCAUUUGAUUCCUACAGACACCGUUAACCUGCACAGAAAGCCUCGCAGCAACACACGGUGCUGUUAACAGACCAGAACCACCUCAAAUAGUUAAUUUAUGAUCCUUGAGCGUUAUAUUUGAACAUGCACUUACUCCUAAACACUGGGUUGCUUUCACUGGGUGUCUUUCUUGUAUCUGAACUGCCUGAAUUUGAACAAUUCUGUGCAUUCAGACGUCUUAUGUGUGUGUGUGUCUUAUGGGAUUUGAGCCGGGUUAAUGCAUAGACGGAUAUAAUUUUGUCUUGCAUGGCAGUUUAAUAGUGCAGAGCGUAUGCAAUAAAUGCACUGCAAAAAACAUGUUUUUUUUAUAAAAAAAAAAAAUAUCUAAACGUCCUUAAAACGAUAUGAUUUUAUUUGAGAAGUGCA